CAGUUUCAUGAGCGUGACUUCGGGGGCGAUCAUGAUAAGGGCAUCUGAAUGGAAAACUGUUGCAGUGAAUAAACUUUAAAGCGACUUCAUUUGUUCCGUUGUCUCUGUGAUUCUGUCACUUGGAAAAUACAAUAGUCGCGCGCGGGCCGGUGCUUCUUAACAUGCUCGCGUUAGUCGAGUUGAACGCGUCAACGAUAGAAAAAUUCCCUUCAUUUUGUGAAAUACCUUACGCAACCCUUUCGGUCUGAUAUGUUGGAUAGUGAGUUCGACUGCAAAUAACACUUUUUAGUGCGUCGCAUGAUUCGUGUUACUUUCGUAUAAAAAAUUUGUAUUAAUUUUUUUGUGUAUUGAUUCUUUCAUCUCGCUCUUCGUCUCCUUGUUGGGUCUACUCUUCUCUUCUAUGUCAAUCUUUCUUCUCACCUGCCUCUGUCUCACUUAAGAAAUCUCUUUUUACCGGUAACCCAAAAUGAACCGGACACCGACAUGCCUACUCGCACUGCUGGCGCUGCUCACGGUUGCCCAGCACGCGUCGACAGAGGCACCUCUGGACUGGUGGCAAACUGACGUCAUCUACCAGAUCUACCCCCGCUCCUUCAAAGACAGCAACGGCGACGGCAUCGGGGAUCUGAAAGGCAUCACCGAGAAAGCCGACUACCUCAAAAGCCUCGGGAUCGGCGCCAUCUGGAUCUCGCCCAUCUUCAAAUCCCCAAUGGCCGACUUCGGUUACGACAUCGCCGACUUCCGCGCCAUCGAGCCCAUCUUCGGCACCAUGGAGGACUUCAAAAUCCUGAGAGACACCUUCCACGAGAAAGGCAUCAAAGUCAUCUUGGACUUCGUGCCGAACCACUCCUCGGACGAGCACGAGUGGUUCCAGAAGUCCGUCCAGAACAUCGCCCCCUACUCGGACUACUACGUCUGGGUCGACGCCAAGUACGUCAACGGGACCCGCACGCCGCCCUCCAACUGGCUCUCCUACUUCGAGGGCUCCGCCUGGACCUGGAACGAGAACCGCCAGAAGUACUACCUCCACCAGUACCACCCCAAACAGCCCGACCUCAACUACCGCAACCCGGCCGUCAUGAAGGAGAUGCAGGAAGUUCUCCGCUUCUGGCUCGACCUGGGGGUCGAUGGCUUCCGAGUCGACACCGUCUUCACCCUCGUUGAAGACGACAGGUACUUAGACGAGCCCCGCUCGUUCAUCCCCGGCCUCGAACCCACCAACAUCGGGUACCUCGAUCACAUCUACACCAAAGACCAACCCGGAACCUACGACGUCAUCUACCAGUUCAGGGCCUUCCUCGAUGAGUACGUGAAGAACAGCACGAAACCAACGACGACGAAGUUCAUGGCGACCGAGGCCUACUCCACCCUGGACGACACGAUGCGUUACUACGGCAACGCCACCAACAACGGCUCGCACUUCCCGUUCAACUUCCUGCUCACGACCGAGGUGGACAGGCAGUCCGAGGCAGAUGUCUUCAAGAGCCUCAUCGAUUCGUGGUACGAGAAGAUGCCCGCCGGGAGGUGGGCGAACUGGGUGAUCGGGAACCACGAUAAACCGAGAGCUGCCUCCCGGUUCGGGCGGGACAUGCUGGACAGCAUCCACAUGAUCCAGUUCCUCAUCCCCGGGACCGUCGUCACGUACAUGGGAGACGAGAUCGCCAUGAAGGACGCCUUCAUCCGGUGGAAGGAGACUGUCGAUCCUCCGGGUGUCAACAGCGGCAAGCGGCUCUACACGAGCUUCUCGCGCGACCCCGAGCGAUCGCCGUUCUUGUGGGACGACACGCUCAGCGCUGGGUUCUCGUCGAACCGUACGACGUGGCUACCGAUUCACCCCAACUACUGGGACUUCAACCUCGCCAAGCAGGAGAAAAGCCCCAAGAGUCAUCUUAGUAUCUACAAGCGGCUGCUCAAGCUGAAGAGCUUCCCGGUUAUCCAGCGAGGGUCUGUGAAGCUGACUGCGCCAAAUAAGAAUAUUUUAGUCAUCGAGAGGCGUCAAGAGAAGACCGUCUUCGUGGCGAUCGUUAAUAUCGGCAGUUUCUACGAGACGUUCGAUUUGACGAAGCACGUGUCCCUGCCGGAACCCAAGUUGGUUGUUUACACCUCGAGUAUAAACUGUGAGCAUAAAGAGGACGAAGCCGUGGAUGUGUCCGCUAUUAAGUUACGACCGAAAGCUGGGGUGGUGCUGUCGAACCAGAAGAAUAAAGUCGACUGAUAGGAUGGAAAAUUUCAAGCACUGGUGAUGAAGGAACACGAUAAUACUUUUAGUGUUCUGCAGCACGCAACCAGUUUUCGGUAGUUGAUUUUAGGCGCAGUCUCUUAUGAAAUACACUGAAAGCUAGGAAAAAUACUAAGAAAUAUGACCCGAACUGUCCACUGAGAAAAAAAGUUACGGGCUAUAGAGGCAUACCGUCCGUUCCGGGCUCAGAGGCUGAAAGUUCCGGGUGCUAGAGCCGUGGUUCCAAUUGCCUUGGGUGCUAAGCCCGGAAUUCUCGGCCUCAGAGCCCGGAACGUGGACAGAAUGCCUCUAAAGCCCGUAAGUACGGCUUCCACGGCCGGAGCUUUUUUUUCAGGGUACGUAACAAGGUGGUAAAAUAGUGCUGCGUCCACACUAUUUGGCGGGAAAACAAGGCCAGAAAGUUCUUUUUUGAACUCUAAUGAAUGCCAGUACAAGACUGAGGGAAAGAGUGUCCAGCUUAGGCAGCUUGCAUUGGAAUAUUAAGCUGAGGCAUUACAGCUCAAAAUGUUUGACUCUAAUUGAAUCUUUUUAACUUUUUGGCCUUGUUUUCCCCGCAAAAUAGCGUGGACCCAGAAAUAUUUCACCACCCUGUUACUUGAUUAAAAGCCAGAUACUUUUUUGCAAAUAACUAAGAAAAAAGAUGCAUCAUCAGAACGCAGUGUCUCACUUUCUCUCACUCACUCUUUCAUACUUCAUGACGUGCUGGCAACAGUGUUGCAGACCGUCUUUUAGAUAAUUUUUUGGUACAUUUAUAGUUUUUUACAUGUUUUAUUUUAUCUCAAAAUGAAUGCGUAGUUAAUAUGUUUAUCUAUUUCCAGUUGUGGGUACAUCAACUGUGGAAUUACAGUCAGCCGAAAGGCCCAUCGUCAAAACGUGAGCGCCACGAUUUGUUAUAACGUAACUAUUUUGACGUAGAUGCUUAUGCCUAAUCGUUCUAAUGAAGGCAAAUUAUGCUCCAUACCACAUAACGUGCUUUUCAUGCGCGUGAUUUGCCCUCUACAAGACAAAUUGGCCAAGAGAUUCUUACAAGUCAAAAUAGGCGCAUCCUCAGAGAAUGACUUGCUUUUUUCUCAUUUUUGUGUGCUUGUUAUUCAGUAUAUAAGUUGCUUUUCUGUUCCUACCAAUAAUCAAAAUGUACAAAAUUCACGAUGUAAAUAUUUACAACUUUUUAAUAAGAAUUUUGGAAUCGAUCAACAAAUUCUUUCCAGGUGGGACGAACGAUGGAAAUUUUAAAAAAAUAAACGAUGAAAUUUUUUACUCCAUUGUCCGACCCAAAGUCUGGCAGCACACUUACGAUCCAGUCAUAGCAAUUCCUGACGGUAUUGGAUUUUACAAAUAAACUCAGCGUAUGAUCUUAUUUAGUUCAGAAUACUCAUAUUUUGCCAAAUUAUUAUCACAUUUUUCAUACCCACUUCCUAUCACACCACGAAUACUCAUAAUAAAUAUUUUGGGUUUUAAAUAAAUUCUCACUGAUUCAUGUGGUUAUUUCAUAGACUCUGAGACAAUCACAUGACAGCAGAUACCCGCGAUAGAUUUCAAUAAAAAUGUGUCGUAAUGUGUGCAUGUAAAAGAUAUCGCAUAAGAAAUAAAGAAGUGGAAUAAAUAGUGCAUGCGAUUUACUCAACCUAAAGCACCCAGGAUAACAGGGCAAUAGAGCGUUUUAAAAGUAAAUACGUACUUGAUUUUUAGGAAUUUCAAAAGGAAAGUAUGAUUUAAGGAUCACGAAUUCAAAUAUCUUGUUCUUAUUUUAAUAAUUUUUUCAUUUUUCAACAUUUUUUGAACCCACUAUUUUUUCAUUUGAUGAAUGGAAAAUGUGUUAGUUUCACAAUAUGUAAUGGAUAUGUUUAUUUUACUCUUAUACCUAGAUCUCCAAGACUGCGAUAUUAACAAAACUCUCUGUGAAGCUGUAGACUAAAUCAAGGUUACCCAUAAUUUUUCAUAUUUUAUGGAUGCGAUGUUGCUGUUAUAAUUAUUGUACGAUAUAUUUCUUGUUAUUUUUGUUUUGUUUUAAAUUCUUCGUCGAAAUUAAUCUUUCAUGUUUGGAAUAAUAUAUGAUGAAAUUAUU